UGUAAUAAGCCUGUAGUUCCCGUCGCGGCCGCUGGUGGCAGCAACGAGAAGGAAGCGUCGGCAGAAGAAGAGCAGCAGCAGCAGGGUUCCUGGCGUGGCCUGUUGUGGUUCUGAUUCUGUUGGGUUCGUCAGGGCCGGUGUUGAACAGAACAUGGAGUUCGGACUUUAAUCUUUAUAUUCCGGGUGUGACGUCACAGUGGACCCUGCGGAGGUGGCCUCGCGACCGUCAGGUGAGCUGACCUGGAGCAGCAGCUAUGGAGCCCCCUGGUGGAGGAGAGGAGCUGUGCAUCCUGCUGCUGAGGCAGGGCGGCAGACGGGAGGUGGGCUGCCAGUGGGAGAGUCCUGAGGAAGAGGAGGAGACGAGGAAGGAGGUGGGCUGCCAGAGCUGCAGAGCCGAGACCAGGGAGGCGGCUGUCCAGGUGGACCUACUGGGUCAGAACCAGAACCUGUUGGGUCAGAACCUCAGCUGGAGACACUCAGGUUCGUCUGCCGACCUGCUGCAGUGUCUGACAGUCCGACCCGACGGGUCAGACGGCGGUGCCCUGCUGCAGCACUGCGUCCCGAAUCGGACCAGAACCAGGAUCAUCAGACCUGCAGCCAAACUCUCUGAUGAGCCCACCGACACCAGAACCAGAACCAGGAAGAGACCGGUUCCGCAGAGCGCCAGGCGCAAUGGGAGGCCGGGCCGGCUGCGGCGCCGGUCACCUGACCCCCAGGAGGACGAGCAGGAGGAGGAGGAGGGGGGGCCGGAGGACGAAGACACCGGGGACCCCACCUGGACCCCCAGGGGAGACCGGCCUCUGGCUCCGUCAGAGCCCGAACCGGACUCCACACCGGACUCCGGACCCGACCUGCAGCAGGUGAAGCUGGAGCCGGACAGCACAGUGUGCGACGUGUGUGGGAAGGUGAUGAAGAACAAGUCGAGCCUGGCGCGCCACUCCUUCAUCCACACGGGGAAGAAGCCUUUCGCCUGCCACCUCUGCCCACUGCGCUUUAACCGCCGCGACAACCUGCGCCACCACCUGGGUCGGCUGCACCCGGACGGUGCGCCGCGCCGCCAGCGCCGGUCCACGGCGCCGGCCUGGCUGUGCGCCGUCUGCGGGAAGACGUUUGUCUGCCGGUCGCGGCUGAAGACUCACGAGGCGAUUCACUCCGGUGUCAAGCCGUUCCGCUGUGACCUCUGCCCCAAGGCCUACAUGCGCAGCAAUGACCUGCAGCACCACACGAACGUGGCGCACAGCUCCGGCGCCGCCCCGCCGCUCCGCCCCGCCUCGCUGCUCUGCCAUCUCUGUGGUAAGGAGUUCAAGUGCCGCUCGCAGCUCGCCGUCCACUUCCAGACUCACACCGGGGAGCGCCCGCACCUCUGCGAUAUCUGCGGCCGCAAGUUCGCCCGUCAGUACCAGCUAAAGCGCCACAAGGUGCUGCUGCACCCCAGCUGCUCCACCGCGGAGCCCGGCCCUCCGCCGGACGCGGCGCCGGACCCGGCGUUCUCCUGCGGCGUCUGCGGCAGGCGACUGAAGUCUGAGAUGCAGCUGACCGAACACGCUCGCAUUCAUGUGGGCGACAACUUGCACCGCUGCAGCGUCUGCCUGCGUGGCUUCCAGCGCCCCGGAUAUCUGCGGCAGCACCACCUGCGAGUGCACCUGAGGGCAGCGGCGGGCGAUGCGCCACGUGGCUCCAGGCGGCGCGGCGCCUCGCCCAGCUCCUUCCCCUGCACCGCCUGCGGGAAGACGUUCCGGUUCCGCUCGCUGCUGGCCAGCCACGCCCUGGUCCACGGCGACGUGCGGCCGUUCGCCUGCGACUUCUGCAGCCGCAGCUUUCGCCGCCUCAGCCACCUGAAGAGGCACCGGCGAGCGGUGCACGCCGACGGGGCGCGCCCGCCCCAGAGCUUCGUCUGCCACAUCUGCGGCAAAGACAAGAAAUGUCGCUCGCAGCUCGCCAGGCACGUCGUCAUCCACACCGGGGAGCGGCCGUUCGCCUGCGACCUCUGCCCCGCCCGCUUCAAUCGCCGCGGUAACUUGCAGCAGCACCAGAGGCGCAUGCACGGCGUGGGCAAGGCCGGCGAGGCUCCGCCCAUCCUGUUCCAAGACGAGGACGAUGCGCCGAGCUACAAGCAGGAGGAGCUGCUGGACCGUGUGGGCGGAGCUGGAGAUGAAGACGAGCAGCUGGACUCCACCUGACCGGACGGUGCUCUGAGCGCGCUCACUGCCCGACCUGCCGUCCUUUGGACACCGUGAAAACCGUGUGGUUGGCACGGUAACGGGGUGUUUGGGGCUACUUGGGGCUUGAGUGUCUCCAUGGCAACUGGGACCGAUUAACCGCAGAUUAAAGCAUCACUGCUCAGGUCGACCAAUCAGGAAGCAGCAGCUGCUUCGUCAUGCUGAGGUACUGACGGUUCUGGUUCUGGUCGGGUUCUGCCUCAGUGAUUAUUUCUGUUUUCUUUCUGUCAGCUCGUUGUUUUGUUGGAUUUCUGUUCGGACCUCUGUGGUUCUGCUGGCUCUCGGCUCGUUUCAAUAAAAACCUUCUGAUGUUG